AUGUUCGCGUUUCCAUAUACCUCAUACGAAGCACUCGAAAAACAAAUAAAUGAUGUUAUAUUCCAAUCACGUUUAGAAAAAACUUUUAAUAUAUACCCAAAAGACUUAUAUAAUAAGCUAUUUAAUAACUCCUCUGAAAAUGUAAAAAAUGCCAUUAAUAUUGAUAAAAAGAUACUUGAAUUAAAGAAAUCAAAACUUAUAAAUAAAAAGUAUACCUUUGUUUCAGUAUCGAUUUUAUUAGUAUGUUCAGCUGUUUAUUUUACUUUCAAAACAUUAGCAAAUAAAAUAAUAAAAUUCUCACAUAUAAGUGCUAUAAAAUUCAUUUAA